CUCCUCCUCCGAGCAGCAAACUUCCCCGCACGUGCGCGCGGGCGGCGCCGGCAUCAUGCAGUCCUGCGCCCAGUGGUGGGGGCGGCUCGUCAGCCGGGGGGCCGGUCUGCACGGGGCCCCCGGCGGCGCCCUGCGGGGCAAGAAGCCGGCAGGCCGGCCGGCGCGCCGCGAGCAGCAGAGACCGGCCGGCGCGAGGCAGAGCAGCGGGAGCGCCGUCGCCGCAGGGAGCGCCGCCGCCGAGCGCACCUCGAGGCACAUCGAGCGCCUCCUGCCCAGGCACGACGACUUCUCCGAGCGGCACAUCGGCCCCGGGGACAAAGAGAAGCGCGAGAUGCUGCAGACCGUGGGUCUGUCGAGCAUUGAUGAGUUGAUCGAUAAAACAAUUCCUGCUAAUAUUCGCCUGCAACGGCCUCUGAAGAUGGAUGACCAUAUUUGUGAAAAUGAAAUUCUUGAAACUUUGCACAACAUUGCCAGCAAGAACAAGAUCUGGAGGUCCUAUAUCGGCAUGGGUUAUUACAACUGUUCAGUCCCUCAGACCAUUUUGAGGAAUUUGCUGGAGAAUGCAGGAUGGGUUACUCAGUAUACUCCAUACCAGCCAGAAGUGUCGCAAGGCAGGCUGGAGAGUUUGUUAAAUUAUCAGACCAUGGUGUGCGACAUCACAGGAAUGGAUGUGGCCAACGCCUCUUUACUGGAUGAAGGAACUGCUGCAGCAGAAGCCAUGCAGUUGUGUCACAGGCAUAAUAAACGGAGAAAGUUUUAUGUAGACGUCAGAUGCCAUCCUCAGACGGUUGCGGUGGUGCAGACUAGAGCAAAUUACACUGGCAUCUCUGUUGAGUUGAAGCUGCCUCAUGAGAUGGACUUCAGUGGUAAAAAUGUCAGUGGAGUAUUGUUCCAAUACCCAGAUACGGAAGGAAGCAUAGAAGACUUCACUGGAUUGGUUGAGCGAGCCCAUCAGAAUGGGACCCUUGUCUGCUGUGCUACAGACCUGCUGGCUCUGUGCAUCUUGAGACCUCCAGGAGAGUUCGGUGUCGACAUUGCUCUGGGGAGCUCCCAGAGGUUCGGUGUGCCUCUUUGUUACGGGGGGCCACAUGCCGCCUUUUUUGCUGUCAGGGAGAAUCUGGUGCGAAUGAUGCCCGGAAGGAUGGUGGGAGUCACACGGGAUGCUAAUGGAAAAGAAGUCUAUCGCCUCGCCUUACAAACGAGAGAACAGCAUAUCAGGAGGGAUAAAGCUACAAGCAACAUCUGCACUGCCCAGGCUCUUCUAGCUAACAUGGCUGCCAUGUUUGCGGUCUAUCAUGGUGCCAAUGGAUUAAAGCACAUUGCCAGGAGGGUACAUAAUGCCACUCUCAUCUUAGCUGAAGGUCUGAAGAGAGCUGGUCAUAAACUCCAACAUGACCUAUUUUUUGAUACCUUGAAAAUCCAGUGUGGGUGUGAUGUCCAAGAAGUCUUGCAGAGGGCUGCUCAAAGGCAGAUAAACCUGCGAAUUUACAGUGAUGGCACACUUGGAGUAUCUCUUGAUGAAACUGUAACUGAGAAAGACCUAGAUGACCUCUUAUGGAUCUUUGGUUGUGAAUCUUCAGCAGAACUGGUUGCAGAGGGCAUGGGUGAAGAAACAAGAGGCAUUUUUGCUACUGCAUUUAAGAGAACUUCAAAAUUUCUAACACAUCAAGUAUUCAACAGUUAUCACUCUGAAACGAAUAUUGUCCGGUAUAUGAAAAGAUUAGAAAACAAAGAUAUUUCCCUCGUUCACAGCAUGAUUCCUUUGGGAUCCUGCACAAUGAAGCUGAAUAGUUCAUCGGAACUUGCACCAAUUACGUGGAAGGAAUUUGCCAACAUCCACCCUUUUGUGCCUCUGGAUCAAGCUCAGGGGUACCAGCGGCUUUUCAAGGAGCUUGAGAAGGAUCUGUGUGAGAUCACAGGCUAUGACAAAAUUUCAUUUCAACCAAACAGUGGAGCUCAAGGCGAAUACGCAGGACUGGCUGCAGUCAAGGCUUAUUUAAAUGCAAAAGGAGAAUGCCAGCGAACUGUUUGUCUCAUCCCUAAGUCUGCACAUGGUACCAACCCGGCAAGUGCUCAGAUGGCAGGACUGAAGAUUCAGCCAGUGGAAGUGGAUAAAAACGGAAGCAUUGAUAUUGCUCAUCUUAAGGCAAUGGUGGAUAAGCACAAGGAAAAGCUAGCAGCUAUCAUGAUCACAUACCCAUCCACUAACGGCGUUUUUGAAGAGGACAUCAGUGAUGUGUGUGACUUGAUUCACAAACAUGGAGGCCAGGUGUACCUAGAUGGAGCAAAUAUGAACGCCCAGGUUGGCCUGUGCCGCCCCGGAGACUAUGGCUCAGAUGUUUCCCAUUUAAAUCUUCACAAAACCUUCUGCAUUCCUCAUGGUGGAGGAGGACCUGGAAUGGGACCAAUUGGAGUGAAGAAGCAUUUGGCCCCCUUCCUGCCUAACCAUCCUGUCAUUGCUCUGCAGCAGGAUGAGGGCUCCAACCCAUUAGGUACCAUCAGUGCUGCCCCUUGGGGAUCCAGUGCCAUUUUGCCUAUUUCCUGGGCUUACAUCAAGAUGAUGGGAGGAAAAGGCCUUAAGCAUGCCUCUGAAAUGGCAAUAUUAAAUGCUAACUACAUGGCAAAGAGGUUAGAGAAGCACUACAAAAUCCUCUUUAGAGGAGCCAGAGGGUACAUAGCUCAUGAAUUCAUUUUGGAUACGCGGCCUUUCAAGAAAACGGCAAAUAUUGAAGCUGUGGAUGUUGCAAAGCGGCUUCAGGAUUAUGGUUUCCAUGCUCCAACGAUGUCCUGGCCAGUGGCAGGGACACUGAUGAUUGAACCGACCGAGUCUGAAGACAAGGCAGAACUGGACAGAUUCUGUGAUGCAAUGAUCAACAUUCGACAAGAGAUUGCUGAUAUCGAGGAAGGGAGAAUGGAUGCUAGAAUCAACCCAUUAAAGAUGUCACCACACACCCUGACCUGCAUUUCAGCUCCAAACUGGGAUCGACCAUACUCCAGAGAAGUUGCGGUAUUUCCAAUAUCUUUUGUCAAACCUGAAAAUAAAUUCUGGCCGACCAUUGCCAGAAUUGACGACAUCUACGGAGAUCAGCACCUGGUUUGUACCUGCCCACCCAUGGAAGUCUACGAGUCGCCUUUUGCUGAACAGAAGAGGGCUUCAUCUUAGGACCAGCCUCUCCACAAAUUAUCUGCUUCUUUUGGGAUGCCUGGGCUCCAUCUCCCCAGCUAUAUUUAACUUCAUGAAAAUGGAUGGGCAUUUUUGGCCCAGGGAGCAAACUUUAUAUACAGUGUAUAUUUUUUGUAAUCUUCACAAUUAAAUUCCUGUACAGCUACAUGUAAAUAUACUUGCAUUAGGUGGAAACAAACUGACAGUGCGGUGCCUCCAUUUCCACUGCAGUCCAUGCCGGAGGCCUUGAUUUUGCACUCUUUUCUAUCCUGAACCAAGGCUGCUUUUCUGUGAUUAUGGCUUGAGAGCGCCAUCUGAUCUGGCUGCCCAUAAUGCGCCCAACUCAGAGGACUCUGGGCAUCCGGAGGAAGGGUGGGCAGAAGGACAGAAGCAAAACCGGCAGUGGGCUGAUUUUGGCAGGCUUUUGCCCCUCUUUGCAAAGAGAGGCUGAGGCACUGCCUCACUCCCUCCACCCCUACCAGAGUACAGCUGGCGAGGAAAGAAGAGCACCAGCUGCAGGCAGAGGAAGGGUGCGCCGGAGUCCAGUGCCCAGCUCUGGCCCUGGCACACGCUCCCGAGGCUGGAGUGGGAGCUGUGGCCUGUGGCGGUGCUGCUGGUAGAACGGCCCCUGCAAAGAUGCCGUUGCAUGAAGUAAGCUAUGCUCCUCGAUGUGCUCUAUGCUGCAGAGCGGCCUCCAUGCACAGUCUUACUCCUGCUGAGGCUCAGGCUGCUGGGAGACUAAGCGUAGUUACGAUUCACUUUGUAUAAACUGGAGAGGCCACAAUCAGCAUAGCUGGGUAAGUUAAGUGAAAUAAAGUCAAGCCGCUUCAGUAUGCACCUCAUCCCAUAUUGGAUUGUGGCAGUAGACUUAACGUUUAGAUUAAUUCCGCUUAUGUGUAUUACCACAACUGCUAAUCAUAUUAUUAAGUAUUUUCCCUUUUUUAAACUCCUAAUGUUAGUAUUCUAAUAAAAAACUAGUAGACUUGGAA